AUGCGUGAAAACAAAUGCGAUAAAUUCUGGUUUGGUGGUUGCGAGGGCAAUACUAAUCGGUUUAAAACUGCAGAGGAAUGUGCAACGGCGUGUCAAACCGCCGUAGUAGUAAGAGAACCGAUAUGCGAGCAUACACCAGAUGUAGGACCGUGUAGACGUAUGAUGACCAAAUACGCAUACAACAUGACCACGAUGAAAUGUGAACCCUUCACAUUUGGUGGUUGCCUUGGUAACCACAACAACUUUGAAACAGAAGACCAAUGUAUCUCUUACUGUAGUCUACGAGCUGGUAGAGACAGGGAAGAUGACUGUCAGUUGAGCCAGGAGGCGGGUCCAUGUCGUGGCAAUAUGCGACGUUACUACUAUGAUGCUACUCAAGGCCGUUGCUUUCCAUUCUCCUAUGGUGGUUGUCAAGGUAACCGUAACAACUUUGCCGAUGAGACUACCUGUAUGGAAGCUUGCCGAGAUGUUCGAGUUGAGCGACCAGUUACAAGAUACCCAUCCAGAGUGAAAACUGGAUACUGUCCACUCGCUGAAGAUGGAACCAGCUCAACAUGUCAGAAUGAAUGCUCUCAGGAUUAUGAGUGUCAGGAUUUAAGAAAAUGUUGUAAAGAUUCUUGUGGGGGUGGAGUCUGUAACUCACCAUUGGCAGAGGAACCACGCCCAAGAGUAGUAUCAGAUGUUUGUACUCUCCCUCUUCAAACACCAUGUACAAAGAGAGGUAGCGGUCCAUACUGGUAUUAUGAGAAGUCAAGUGGACAAUGUAAGGAAGUGCCAAAUGGUGAAUGUAAUAACAACCAGAACAAUUUCAACAGCCAAUCAGAAUGUGAGGCUUACUGCAACAGAGAGAGGGUGUGUAGACCACUUACAUAUCAAUCUGAUAUUCGUUGUUUGGCCUACAUGGAAAACUGGACAUACAAUGCUGAAACUGAUGUUUGUGAGAUGUUUGUUUACGGGGGAUGUGGUGGAUCAGCCAACAACUUUGUCUCUGAAGAAGCUUGUAAUCGUAAAUGUGGGGUCGUUACACCAGUGACCAAAGCUCCUGAAUCCGCAUCUGCUGGAGAAAUUUGUGCAAUGGCCGAGGACAGUGGUGACUGCUUGGCGUACAUUAGAAACUGGAGGUACGACAGUCUAAACGGCAAGUGUGUACAAUUUACAUACGGCGGAUGUGGUGGUAAUGCAAAUAAUUUCCAGUCAAGCCAGGAGUGUGAGGCCUUCUGUACAAGAAAUGUUGUAUGUCAGAAGAACGAGGAUCCCGAGAUAGGUUGUCUAGCAUACAUGCGCCGCUGGAGAUACGAACCUUCGACCAGAGCUUGUGAAAACUUUAUUUACGGAGGUUGUGACGGUAAUGCAAACAAUUUUGAAACACCAGAGGCUUGUGAAGGGAAGUGUGUGGCACGAGAACCAACAAGGGAAGAUAACAGAGAAAACAAUAACAGAGUAUCGUCAUAUGCAUGGAGAGAAAUCUGCAAGUUACAAGCAGACGUUGGACCAUGUAAACAGUAUAUCAAGAAAUGGCAUUAUAACAGGUUUAGUCAAGACUGUGAAGAGUUCACGUAUGGAGGUUGUCUUGGUAACCAUAACAUCUUUGAGAGCAAGGACCAAUGUAAGAUGUACUGUGACACAUCUAGAUGGUAUAAUCGUGAACGUGUCACCACUGAGAGACCAGAUGAAACAAUUGAAGAAUCAAGCGGAGAAAUACCUGUUGCAACUGGUGUUGAUGUGUGUCAUAUGGAGAGUCAUACUGGACGGUGCCGUGCAUAUAUCAGAGCUUGGUACUAUGACUACCUGAACGGAGAAUGUAAACAGUUUAUUUACGGAGGUUGUGAUACUAAUGGAAACAAGUUCGAUACCCAGGAGGCUUGUGAAGCCAGAUGCAGCCCUAGACAGAUAUGUCUGCAACCAAAGCAGGUUGGUAACUGUAUGUCAUCCAUGAGGAGGUUCUACUUUGACUACAGCGCCCAAGAGUGUAGGGAGUUUGUGUACGGAGGUUGCGAUGGUAACGCUAACAGUUUCGAGACCAAAGAGGCCUGCGAGAGACGUUGUGAUUCUCUAAUAACAGAUAGAAAUAUUCCAGCUGCAGAUGAAGGUGAAAUUACUACUGUUACACCAGGAAAUGUAGAAGAAACAACAGUUUAUAACAAAAGAGGCACAUGUCCGUCUUUCCGAGGUCUAAGCCGAGAUGGUCGCUGUAUAGAACAGUGCCGUUCUGACAGAGAUUGUCGGGGCAGAAAAAAAUGCUGUCUAGUUGCAUGUAGCCGUGUAUGUGUAGAACCUAGAGUACAGGAGUACACACGUACGGGUGCAGUAAAGUCUGGGGAUUGCCCAGCAAGGACAGACAAGGAGGGUUUACUUGGUGCUUGUGCCCCAACUUGCCGAGAUGAUUCAAACUGUCCAGGCAACCGGAAAUGUUGCUAUCAUGGCUGUGGUCUACGAUGUGUCGACCCCGUUGGUUCAGAUGUUGCAAAGUCUGUAUUUUGCCCAGCAAGGACUGACAGGCAGGGUUUUCUUGGUGCUUGCGCCCCAACUUGCCGAGAUGAUUCAAGCUGUUCAGGCAACCAGAAAUGUUGCCAUCAUGGUUGUGGUCUGCGAUGUGUCGACCCAGUUGCUGAGGAGCCAUACCAAAUGAAUGCACCUGAAAAUGUCCAGGGGUUCACUUUAUCAAGUACGACAAUCAUCGUCACAUGGAAAGAUCCUUCCUUCGGACCUGACCAGCGUAUCGGAGAUAAUAGAUACUACACUAUCCGUUACUUCAGUAACGGCUCUGGACAAAACGCAUAUAAAAACACUACAGAUUUAAGAGGGUAUCUGGACGGGCUCAGACCUGACACAGAAUACCAUUUUGCUGUGUGUGUCAAUGAUCCGCCAUACCUGAGUGAGUGGAGCGACAUUGCUAGAAACACAACCACACAACUUGUUGUUGUGAAAACUGGUGAAUGUCCGGUGAUUGACUCGGACACGUUCGGAAUCUGUCUGGAGGAAUGUCAGAAUGAUGCUGAUUGUACCGGAGUUCAGAAAUGUUGUAAUAAUGGAUGUGGACAAACCUGCGUUAACCCUCUAGGGUACGAUGUGUGUAGCCUACCAAAGGAUCCAGGAAGUUGUUCAGACUGGGAGGUUCGUUGGUUCUUUAACACGGAGUUACAGAGAUGUGAUCGUUUCUGGUACGGAGGCUGUAAUGAGGGAAAUGGUAACAAUUUCUUGAAUGAUAAAGGAUGUCAGAGACAAUGUACUGAAACACAAAUCACAACACCACCUCCACAGACAGACAGGCCAGCAUAUGAUUGCAGAAGUUCAGUAUAUCAGUGUUGUUUAGAUGGUUACACACCACGACGAGAUGCACAAGGAACUAAUUGUCCAGUAAUGCCAGAUGAUAAGUGUGAAGAUAAAACCUCACUGAUGAAAUGUCGCCUGUUUGUCACGGCACGUCUGUGUGGUAAUACCUUGAUCUCUAAGAUCUUGCUGCUCUAG